AUGGGGGAGGCCGGGCCGGGCCCCGGGCCGGGGCCGCGGGACCCGCCGGAGCCGCAGGAGGAGGCGGGCGGGGCGCGGGGGGGCCGGGCCGGGCCCCGCGGCGCCAUCCGGGUGCUGAGGAGGAACGUGAAGCGCAACGGGAGCAGGAGCUGCUUAAACAGGAGUCGGUUUGGUUCCCGUGAGAGGGACUGGUUGAAAGAGGACGUCGGACGAGGCUGCGUGUAUGUUUAUGGAAGAGACUCUUCGGCUUCGGGGUCUUCAGACCUGCGCUUGGUCCUCUGCACAGCGGACACACCCGCAUCCGAGAUCUGUGAUGGAGAAGGGCGGAAAAACCUCUAUGUGCAACUUCACGGAGACCUGGUCAGGAGGCUGGAGCCCACAGAGAAACCCCUUCAGAUUGUGUAUGACUACUUGGCUGGGUUGGGUUUUGAUGAUCCUGCCAGGAUGCAGGAGGAGGCAGCCAACUCUGACCUCAGCUGCAUGAUUCGCUUUUUCAGUGAAAAGCCAAGCCAAGUGGAGCAGCUGGAUCGCAUCCUGCUCUCUGGAGUCUACAGCGUCCGCAAAGGAAAGACCCAGUUGCACAAGUGGGCAGAGCGGCUGGUCGUGCUCUGUGGCACCUGCCUGGUGGUCUCCUCAGUGAAGGACAGCCACGUGGGCAAGGUGCACAUCUUGCCCCUUGUUGGAGGGAAGGUGGAGGAGAUGAGACGUCGGCAGCACACCCUUGCUUUCACAUCUGCUGGAGCACAAGCUCAGACCUACCACGUGUCCUUUGGAACACUGGCCGAGUGUCAGCGGUGGCACCGUCAGGCCUCCACGGUGGUGUCAAUGCGACUUAGCAUGGUUGAUCUUUCAUGCUACAGCCUUGAGGAAGUACCAGAGCACCUUUUCUACAGUCAAGACAUCAUCUACCUCAACCUGCGACACAAUUUCAUGAGAUCAAGUGGAGCGGGGAGUCUCGACUCUCUUUGCAGGUUUUCUCAGUUGAAGAGCCUGAACCUGUCUCAUAACAGACUGGGAGAGUUUCCUGUGUCACUGUGUGAGAUCUCAACUCUGACAGAGCUCAAUGUUUCCUGUAACGGUCUUCACGACUUGCCAAGCCAGAUUGGCAAACUGCUGAAUCUCCAGACCUUCUGGCUCGAUGGGAAUUUCCUCACUUCCCUACCAGAAGAACUGGGAAGCCUGCAACAGCUUAGCUGUCUUGGGCUUUCCUUCAAUAACUUCUGUGAACUGCCAGCAAUUUGUGAGAAACUCGUCCUCUUGGACAAAUUAUCCCUGGCAGGGAACUUACUGGAGACACUGGACCUUGCAGUGCUGACCCGCAUGAGUCACAUCAAAAGUGUGGACCUGAGGCUGAACAACCUGAAGAGAGCAGCAGCUGACACUCUGGAGGGGAACAAAUCUGUGACUUACCUGGAUCUACGAGACAAUCAGAUGACAGAUCUGGAUCUGAGCUCUCUGGGCAGCCUGGAGCAGCUGCACUGUGAGCGGAACCAGCUGGAAGAGCUGACGCUGAGUGGCUUCUCCCUUCGGGCCCUCCACGCCAACAGCAACAGUCUGACAGCUGUCAAUAUUUAUCCAGUUCCUGGUCAACUAACAUGUCUAGAACUCUCUCACAAUCAACUGCAGUGUGUCCCAGACUGGGCCUGUGAAGCAAAGAAACUGGAAGUUUUGGAUGUGAGCUACAACCUCCUUGUGGAGCUUCCGUCAAGGAUCCUCAGCAGCUUGAGCCUUCGGAAGUUGAUGGUGGGACACAAUCGUCUGCAGACCCUUCCACCUCUUCUGGAGCACAUUCCACUUGAGGUGCUGGACCUUCAGCACAACCUGUUGACUAAGCUCCCAGAGACACUCUUUGUCAAGGCUCUGAACCUCAGGUACUUGAAUGCAUCUGCAAACAGCCUGGAGUCCUUGCCCUCAGCGUGUACAGGGGAGGAGAGUCUGAGCAUGCUGCAGCUGCUUUACUUGACCAAUAAUAACCUCACAGAUGACUGCAUCUCUGUCCUGGUGGGACACCCGAGUCUACGGAUCCUGCAUCUGGCAAACAACAACCUGCAGACUUUCCCUGCAAGCAAACUCAGUAAGCUGGAGCACUUGGAAGAGCUGAAUCUGAGUGGCAACAAACUGAAAACAAUUCCCACAACAGUGGCAAACUGCAAGCUACUUCACACACUUAUUGCACACUCCAAUGAAAUCAGCAUCUUUCCGGAGAUCCUGCAUUUGCCCCGUAUCCAGUUUGUGGACUUGAGCUGCAAUGAGCUAACUGAAAUCCUAAUCCCUGAGGCACUGCCAGGUGCCUUGCAAGAACUGGACCUGAGCGGGAACACUAACCUGGUGUUAGAACACAAGACGCUGGACAUCUUCAGUCACAUUACCACACUGAAGAUUGAUGCUAAGCCCUCCCUCACGGCAGACUCAGCGCUGACUUCUACCUUCUGGAGUCAUGGAGCAGCUGAGAUGGCAGGCCAAAGAAACAAGCUGUGUGUGUCAUCCCUGGUACUGGGGAGCUUUGCAGAGGGGGUGGAGGCUGUGUAUGGCAUGUUUGAUGGUGACAAGAACGAGGAGCUGCCACGCUUGCUGCAGUGCACCAUGGCCGAUGUGCUGCUGGAGGAGGUACAGCAGUCAGACACCAUGUUCAUGUCCAACACCUUCUUGGUCUCCCACAGGAAGCUGGGCAUGGCUGGGCAGAAGCUGGGUUGCUCUGCUGUCCUUUGCUACAUUCGUCAUGAUGUGACUGAGCCAGGCAGCAGCUUUUCUCUGACCGUGGCCAAUGUGGGGACGUGCCAAGCCAUUCUGUGCCGAAGUGGGAAACCACUGCCUCUCUCCAAAGUCUUCAGCCUUGAACAAUGUUCAGAAGAAGCCAAGAGAGUCAAGGAGCAAAAAGCCAUUAUAACAGAGGACAAUAAGGUCAAUGGUGUGACUUGCUGUACUCGGCUGCUGGGCUGCACGUACUUGCAUCCUUGGAUCCUGCCCAGGCCACAUGUCAGUUCCAUUCCACUGACUAUACAAGAUGAGCUGCUACUUCUGGGGAACAAAGCUCUCUGGGAACACCUCUCCUACUCAGAGGCUGUCUCAGCUGUGCGCCACCUACACGACCCUCUAGCUGCCGCCAAGAAACUCUGCACUUUAGCCCAAAGCUACGGCUGCCAAGACAACGUGGGUGCAGUGGUGGUGUGUCUGAACAUCGGCGAGGACAGCUGCACCUGUGAGAUGCAUGGCCUGACUCUGCCAGGCCCUGGGGGAUUUGGUUCCACCGCCGCCAAGCCAGCAACGCCUUCAUCUAGCAGUGGAAUUGCUUCAGAGUUCAGCAGUGAACUCUCUGCUUCCGAGGUGAGCAGCGAGGUGGGCUCCACGGCUUCUGACGAGCACGGUGCUGCGGGCCUGGAGGGCACGGUGCUGCCGCGGCAGGAGCGGCGCUGCAGCCUCCAUCCCGCGCCCCCCGCCAGCCUCUUCCAGCGCCAGCCUUCCAGUGCCACCUUCUCCAGCAACCAGUCUGACAACGGCCUGGAUAGCGACGAUGAGCAGCCUGUGGAAGGCGUGAUGACAAACGGCAGUAAAGUGGAGGUGGAGGUGGACAUCCACUGCUGUAAAGGAAAGGGCCUGGAGUUUGAACCUCCUGCUGCGGAGUACGGCUCCUCUGCUCCAGGGCCAGAGAAUGACUCUGGUCUUGUCCUCAUCAUUCGGAGACAGAACAGUGUAAACAGCAACACUGUGCAGGGAGGGGUCAAGGAGAAGUGUGAGCUGCAAAAAUCUCUUUCCACAUGCUGUCUCUAUGGAAAGAAGCUUUCCAAUGGCUCCAUAGUGCCCUUGGAGGAGAGCCUCAACCUCAUUGAAGUAGCCACAGAGGCACCCAGGAAGAAGACAGGCUAUUUUGCUGCUCCAUCCCAGGUGGAGCCAGAGGAUCAAUUUGUGGUGCCACCGGAUCUGGAGGAGGAGGUGAAGGAACAAAUGAAGCAGCACCAGGAGAAUGGAGCAGAUGAGGAGAAUAAAGAGGAACAUGCAGCAGCUCUGCCAGAGGAGUUUGACACAGCUUUGUAACCCUAUAAGUAUUACUCCCACAUUGUCUGUUCCAGGAAGCUCUGUCCCACAAGGGCUGUCUUGCCCCACAAGGGCUGUCUUGCCCCACAAGGGGAGCUGGGAUCUGCAAGGAGUACAGGCAGCUGCUGCUUUCUUCAUGGAGGGAGAACUGGGAGUGCUGAGGUCUGGGCUGUCCCCUUUUUACUGUAGAGUCUCAGCGGUUCUGUGAGUGCUCAGACCAGCAGCUGAGCUCUGUGUCAGGGACUGUCUGGAAAUUGUGCAAGCACUAGGAAGAAGGCAGGUGUUCCAACACCUGCCAGUAACUCCUUGAACCCUGAGGUUCUGCUGGCUCUGCAGGACAGGGGCUGGCAUAUGUGUGGGGGUGAUGACGAGGCUCCUGAGGGGGCAAUGUGCAGUGUUUGGAGUCCUGUGAAUAUUUCUGAUGCAGCCCCAGAACCUCGUUGUUGUUCCUUGAAAGAAUACAGCCAGUUGCAAUGAAGCUGACCCAAGAAUGGUUUCCUGCAUUAUUGCAAGCACUUUUAUUGAUUGCACUUAAGCUGUUCUGCUCCCCUUCAGCCCAGCACUUUAUUAUUUAGGACUAGGGGAGAGAGCACUCUACAGCAGGUGUGCUGGGGGCUUUUCCCAGUGGAUAUUUUUAGGGCAGUGGAGGACUCAGGGAAGCAGUGCUCCGAUGAGCACUGGUGCAGGGUUGAGUGAGGGUUAUGAGGGGAUCAACCUAUACACAGCUGAGUGAUAGGCAGGUGCCUCCUGAUGCAUUUGAUGUGGAGCACAGGAUAGAUCAGCUCUGGACUGGUUGGUUACCGUGAUGUGUAGAGCUAAGUGUUUCCAGCUGCAGAGCACAGACCCAGCUCAGCAGUAGUCUGGCCACCUCUGUCAUGGAUGCUUCACAGCAGAGGCUUCCUAUAUCCAGAAGACAUGGGAUGCAAUCUGGAGCUGAUGCUUGUUCCAGGAAGGUGCUCUGUCCCAGAGGAUGCAGGUGGUGAGCACUGCUGUGGCUCCAAGGUUGGUGAGCAGCAGGGCUGCCCUGCGGCUGCUGGGACCCCCCUGCUCUGGGCACCAGCCUGAACCUCUACCCUGGCAGCUGAGCAGCAUCUUCACUUGCCUCUGAGCACAGCAGUAAUGUUCCAAAUCCACAGCAACCUGCAUUUCAUGGUACAUGCCCAAGAAAAAUAGAACUUUUCACCUUAAUAACAUCUUUAUCAGCACUGGAAAAGAUGUUUAAACAGUCCCACUAAUAGUGAUGUGGCCAGUCUGCGCUCUGCAUUGUGCUUCCAUGAGGGUUUUUGGGCCAGGGUGCAAGGUGACUGCCUGUGUUGUCACCUUGUGUCAGGGCUGUGAAGAGACCAUCCCCCCUUUAGUGAGCUGAUUUGUCUUCCUUGGCUGGCAGAGAACUGGACAGCAGCUGCCCCCGUCAUGUCAGCGGUGCAAUAAUCCAGACUGUAAUGUGGGCUAGUGCCUUUCCUUCUUUAUUAAUUCUAUUUAUGAAGAAGCCUUGGAAAUUUCUUCUCGAGAGCUCUGAGAGGCUUGAGUUGUAUAUUUCUGGAUCAAAUUCAGGCAUUGCUCAGCAGGAAAUAACUGGUUUGACUACUUGUGGGAGUCUGUCAGCAUUGAUCUUCUGACAAACUCUAAUAGACUUUUGCUGAUAUUUCAGAGCACCUUGAAUUUGUGUGGGGAAAAAUGUGGAACCGCAACAUUUUAGGAUAUGCCUUGUGCUGGUUUAAAGGUGAGACAACCCAGCUUUAUCCAAAAUUUAAAGUCUCACACAUUUUGGCUGUUUAAAUGUCCGUUUCAUUUGGAAUUUGAGAGAAAAGGUAAUUCUUAGAAUCACAGAAACAGCAGCAUUUGAAUCCCUUAAGCAGAGAAACAACACCAGAAAAGAUUCAAAAACAAAACUCCAAACCUCUUUUGUGUUCAUGGCAGACAAGGCUCAUCCCAGUACAUUUGACUGUAACUCUUUAUGCUGUCACUGGUGAUAAUUUUACCAAGUAUCUGUGCCCAGCCCAACCCCUGAUACCUGCCAGGGCUGCAAGGCAGCCUCAGUUUAGGGUGGGACUGAAGCAGAAAUACACUCUUCUUUCUGAAUAAGGUUGUGACACACCUUGCACUAGGAGAGCGGCAGAUGUUAAUGCAAAUCAGGUCUCUUGUUUCCAAGAAAAUCCAGUGUGUGUUUGCCAGUCUGAAAUAGUAGUAUUGCAUGGAGAGUGGCAUUGCCACUGGGAAUUGGUCAUGAAUGGCUCCACCUACGUCAGUGAGGAAGGACUAAGUAAAAUAAAACUGCAAUGGAGCUUGCAAAUUUCUGAGCUGCUGGUCUUCAGGGUAGUGGCAGAAUGGAAUGCAAGGAAUUCCUACUUAGCCUUUUUUUCCAGUGCCAUUUCUAGUUUUUAAGCUAAAAGGGAGUUUAAUACAGCCAGCUCCUGUUGUCUGCAGGUGUGAAUUGUCAUGGCAGAACAUGGCUUGUUGCUCUCUUACACCAGGCAGAGCCUGCAGCUUUCUCUGCUUAAGCUGGUAUGAUGAACUGUCUAGGCAGCACAGCCUGAGUGCUUCCCUCCACCACCUUUGCUUCUCCUGCCUCCCUAGAGGCAGCAAGCUUCUCCUGUCUUCCACACCUUGCUUAUUAACACCACCUUAGAUUUCAAGCUCCUUAGGAGCACUGCUGUAGGUGGAACAGGUACAAAUGGGCAAGUCUAGUGGAGGACUCAUAGCAGAAGAAAGUGUUUUCUUAGUUCUCUUACUGUUCUCCCACAAUCUCUUCCCUGAAUUUUCUAUGUGGUUCUUGCACAGAUACAUCAUCUCUACAGAGCCACAUCACUAAGCGUGUCCCAUUUGUUAACAGACUUGCUUUUACGGAGGUUUUCAGCUUGGGGUCAUCAGGCUCUUGUCCCUGCUGAGCAAUGCCAGACCUGCUGUGCUGUGUGGCAGCAAGUUAGCAAGCUAGGCUGGUGAGUUGGUCCCUCUCUGCAGUUAAUUUUGGCUCUGCUGAUGAGCAGGCUGGCCAACAACAGGUACUCCAAGGGCACUGACCUGCCUGCCCUGUCCUGUCCAGAAAGGUGUCCACCAAAGGAACCCAUGAAGGUUAUAUCCAGUGACAAGUAGUUGAGGCCCCAGUAUUAAGGAUAAGGGGUCACCUCCACAUUGCUCCCAGCACCAGAACAGUUCUGAUGUAGGUAGCACCACAGAUUGCUGGAACCUGAUCAGAAUCCUCAGCUAGAUGGGGGGGCAAAAUCCUAUUGCAGGAAGGAGCAAGUAUUUCCUUUUCUUGGUGAUAAACUGCUCUGAGACCUGAAAUCCUUCUCCUGUACACAGGACAUUCAGCCACAUCCUAGGCCCCUGUACAUCAGGAGUUCCUGCACUCCUUCCAGGUGGUGGUGGCUUCUGCGUCACUUGCCAAAGGCCUUCUUCAGGCAGUAGGUUCACCCCUUUGGUUUUGUGCAAUCGUCUGCUGAUCCAUUGCUGUCUGAAGACUCAAGUGUAUUUUUUCCUCUUUUUUUCACAUUUUAAAAUGUUACCUUUUUUUUAACUUGACUUGUAUGACCCAGCGCAUGUUCAGAAAAUAUUGCAGUGCACCAACUUUAUUAAAUAAUCCUUUUUCAUGUGUUUUUUGUUUUAAAAAGGAGAAUAUUUUCUGUAUCCCACUCUAGCAUGCACCUAUAAUAAUCCCUGUUUUUAUCGUGUAUGGGAAUAGGUUGUCCAGUGAAUGCACCCUCAGCACUGUGGCCUAUGUUUGCAUUGCUUUGGAAAGGUAAAUAACAUGAGAUUGCUGGAAGACACUAUUCCAUCAGUUCUUUAUUCAGAUGUAUAGAGCAGUCCAGGAAGGAACAAUAUUUUUGCAUCAACUUUUCAGCUAACUUAGCAAUAAAGAUUUUUACUUUCAUCUAA